AUGUCCGUCUUCUCAAUGUCGACGCUGUUAGCAGCCUUCGUAGUUCCGCUCCUUCUGCUAUACUCCAGCCGGCGACUUCGACAUCGUUUACCGCCUGGUCCGAAAGGCCUGCCGAUCCUCGGCAAUGUCUUCAAUGCACCGAAAUCAUUUGAGUGGCUAGCAUACCAAGACUGGAGUCGUCAAUAUAAUUCGGAUAUCGUCCAUUUCGAGAUCCUCGGGAUUCACUUCGUUGUCCUGAACUCUGCGCAGGCCACAGUUGACCUUUUCGAAAAACGGUCGAACGUAUACUCUGACAGGGCAGGAUACGAUCGAAACUGGGGCCUGAUGGGAUAUGGUGACUACUGGAGGGCGCACCGUAGACUCUUCCAUCAAUAUUUUCGGCCGGCCGUUGUCUCUACGUAUCAUCCUUCGUCGGCGAAGGCUGUGCGUGAGAUGAUAUCUGCGCUACGCGAUGCACCGGACCGGUUCGUGGAACAUAUCCGCCAUAUGGCAAGGUCCAAUAUCUUGAAGAUUGUGUACGACAUAGAAAUCAAACCUGAAGGUGAUCCCCUUAUUGCGAUCAUAGAGGAGGGUGUCCGGGUUUUCUCGAGAGUCACCGUCGCAGGGGCAUAUCUUGUUGACUCUUUCCCGAUUUUGCGACACAUUCCUGCGUGGUUUCUGGGAGCUCAAUUCAAACGCGAUGCUGCGAAGUGGAGACCGUUUGUCGAAGAGAUGUACAUGCGACCCCACAGGGAAGUGAAAGCUUCAUUCGAUAAUGGCAACACCAAGCCGUGCCUGGUGACCGACGCACUUUUCGAGAUAUCUCGAGACAAAGAUGGCAGAGAUAGUUUGAUUGACGAAGAAGUCGUGAUCGGUACGUUGGGAACGGCGUAUGCUGCGGCAUCCGACACUACCAUCUUGGCCAUGCUCAAUUUCGUGCUGGCUAUAUUGGUGCAUCCGGAGGUGCAAAAGAUAGCUCAGGAAGAGCUGGACAAUAUUGUAGGUCGAGAUCGGCUACCAGAGAUAGAAGAUCGAGAUACUCUCCCAUUCAUCACCGCAGUGAUGAAAGAGUGUCUUCGAUGGAGGCCUCCGCUUCCGUUAGCGCUCCCCCAUCGAUCUGUGGCAGAUGACGAGUAUCGAGGAUUUCAUAUACCCGCUGGGUCAGUUGUCAUCGGUAAUGCAUGGGCUAUUUUGCAUGAUGGGGAGCGGUAUCCGGACCCAGAUGUGUUCAAUCCCCUACGAUUCCUAGACGGCGAAGGGAGGUUGCGCAAAGACGUUCCCGACCCCAUGGACGUGUUCGGUUACGGACGAAGAAUAUGCCCUGGACGUUAUUUCGCGUUGGAUGUUAUAUGGCUGGCGAUGGCGAAUAUACUCGCCGCGUUCUCUGUCGAGAAGCCCGUGGAUGAGCGGGGGAAUGUCAUCGAGCCUACUGGAGAAUACUUGACAGGCACUUUCAGUUUCCCCGCCCCGUUCAAGGCCGAUUUCAAAGUGCGAGGGCGCGCGCGUUGACGUGCCUGCAUGAUGCGAUUGAGGAAGUAGCAUUUUAGUAUGCUGUCGGCACUGUCCGAUGCCUAACGCCAGGUCAUAGAGAAGAGGUUCGCGUGAUCAGACAAUAGGCACGGGUAAAUGGACCUUGUAUGAUAGAGAUGCUGUAGACAUAGCCUUGGAAUAAUUGACAACAGGUAACGAUUGU